GGUAUUCCGCCAUGGCUGACCGACAGUUCGGUACGGGCAAUGAAGAGCCAGAAGAACAUGACCACGCUCGUUGUCGCAGGCCAGGAGUUACUGACAGACGCGGGUGUCACCGACCUCGUUCAAUCGUGUCCAAGCCUGACGAAUCUCGAUCUCUCCUACACGUCCGUCAGUGAUGCCGGUAUCGCCACUCUGUGCAAUCUGAAGCACCUGCACAUCCUCGAGAUCUAUGGCCUCACUGUCAGCAAACAGGUGCUGGCCGUGCUCAGGAAGUCUAUUCCGAACAUCCAGAUAAGUGAGUAG